AUGUUGUUACGUCGCCUUGACUGCUUUUCCAGGGGUUCUUGCUUUACUUCUUCAUGGUGGAAGGCUUUCUGGGAUUUGCCGCUUUUGCCCAAGUUACAAUUAUUCUGUUGGAAGCUCCUUCAUAAUCCGCUUCCUCUCAAUGGUGUUUUGCAGCAGCGGGGGAUCCCAGUAGAGACUACUUGUGUUCUAUGCCUUGGAUAUCAUGAGUCUGUUGAUCAUUUGUUUCGUGAUUGCUCCUUUGUUUCGGACAUCUGGAUGUCUGUUCCACUGUUCUCAUCUCUUGUCGUUCGAUGGGACGUUCAUUUCUCGGUCUGGUUUGUGGAGUUGAUUUUCCAGUUACGGCAGAAUAAACUCUGGGACACUCUGAUCAGCGUAGUCUCUUUCUUUUGGGCCAUUUGGAUUGCUCGGAAUCACAAAGUCUUUCGUCAUGCUGUUAUUUCUCCUACUGUAAUUCUUCAUAUUAUGCAGGACUGGGUUUCUCGAAGUUCUGCGGCUGAAGACUUUAGGGCCUCUCUUACUGGGGUUGCCUCCGGUUCUAUCAGGCAACCUGUUCUUUCGUCAUGUUAUCUCAUGGGAACUUCAGAUUCUUCUGCUGAUGUCUAUCUUUUGAUCGACGGUGCUUACAAUUCCCAUGAUAAUACUGCAGGGGCUGGUUGGAUUUUUAGACCUCCACAUUCUGAUAUAGUUCGUGGAGGUGGUUCUAGAGCUUUCCUUUCGUCUUCGGCCUUUCAGUCAGAGUUGCAGGCCUGUUUAUGGGCUCUACAGGCUGUGGACCGCCGUGGUUUUCAACGCCUGCUGAUCUAUACGGAUUACUCGAUCUUGUUGCCUUUCCUUGGUAAUGACGGGUGUCGGGAUAUUUCUUGUUUAUGGCUGCUGCAAGAUAUCAGGAAUUUAGUCUGUCGGUUUUCGUCCUGCGUUAUUCAGAAGGUUCCUCGUCAUUGGUUAUGUAGGAGGAUUAAGAGUAAGAUUGGACUUGCCGAAGGUGCAAAUAGCUUUGUUGAAGUUGCUUUGGUUCAUUAUCAUUUCACUCUUGGAUUUGUUGUUUGGGUGUUUGAUCUAGGAGGUCUGUUGAUUAUGCUUCUUGGUUACGAGUGA